AUGCUGCCAGUCUCCGCAUCCGCCGACUGCAGUCUGCUCCCGGGCCUGCCCAAUGACGUCGCGCUCGCCUGUCUCGCGCGCCUGUCCCUCUGGGACCUGCCCGCCGCUCGCUGCGUGUCGCGCGCCUGGGCGGCUGCCAUUCGCCGCCGGUCGUUCGGCCGCCUGCGACGCGUCCGCGCAGAGGAAGGGGGGUGGCGCCGCCUGCCCCCGCUUCCCCCCACCAACCCCCACUCCCACCCAGCCUGCUACGGCGCCGUCGCCACGGUGAUACCCAGAACCGGGUUUGCAAUCGUGGGCGGCGCCGUGCCUUCCCAGUCAGGCAGGCCGCAGCACGUGCGCCACGUGUCAGUGUUUGACUGGCACAUGGGCGCGUGGUUUGACAUGCAGCAGCCGUGCAUGCUUCCUAGAUUGGACCCUGUGGUGGCUGGAACUGCAAUGGGUGGGGUGCGGUGGAAUGGGGGGCAGAGGGGUUGCCUCAUGGCGGAUUCGGCACCAAUGAAUGUGACACUGACGAGCGUUCCUGUAACAGCGAAUCGGGGUCUGCUGUUCACAGCAGCGCCAGCAACAGCAGCAGCUACAGCACCAGCGGCAGCAGCAGCAAAAGCAGCGGCCGCAGCAGCAGCAGCAGCAGCAGCAGCAGCAGCAGCAGCAGCAGCGGUGACGGCAGGGGCGGCACAGGCAGCAUGCUGA